CGCUACUCCACUCGGGUGUCUGGUCUCCCCGUCGCUCGUCUUCCUUCGCCGCUUCCCCGCGAAUCUCGCCGCCCGGCUUCCGGUCUCCGCUUCCCCAGUGGUCAUGGACCCGUCUCUCUCCUCGUCGCCUCUCCGCCUCUCCGCAACCCCCGCCGGCCCGGGCGCGACCCUUACCACCCCGAAGCCCACCCUCGUGGCGGCCGCCGGCCCCGGCCGCCAGCCCACCACCACCACCACCUGCCUCCGCGCCAUCUCGCCGUCCCCGUCCCCGCCCACCCCCGUGGAGUCGUUCGGCUUCGACGCGCUCAAGGAGACCUUCUCCGUGGACGUGGCGGCCGCCGACGCGCGCCCGCUCGACGUCCCGCUCGCCGCGCCCUUCACCAUCGCGUCCUCCCGCCUCGUCGCGGUGAGCAACGUCGCCGUGCGCGUCGAGCUCCGCAGCGGCGCCGUCGGGUGGGGGGAGGCGCCCGUGCUGCCUUCCGUCACCGCCGAGGACCAGCCCGCGGCGCUCGACGCCGCCGGACGGGCGUGCGCCGCGCUCGAGGACGCCUCCGCGGCGCCACUCGGCGCGCUGCUCCAGGACGUCGCCAGUGUGCUCCCCGGACACGCCUUCGCCUCGGCCAGAGCAGGAGUGGAGAUGGCGCUGAUUGACGCGGUUGCUAAUAGCAUUCGCAUACCGCUAUGGAGAUUAUUCGGAGGAGCAUCAGAUAGUGUGACAACUGACAUCACAAUUCCAAUUGUGACCCCAAAUGAAGCUGCUCAGUUGGCUGCAAAAUAUCGUGGACAAGGGUUUCAAACUCUGAAGCUCAAGGUUGGGAAGAACUUGAAUUCAGAUAUAGAAGUUCUGAAAGCUAUUCGACUUGUCCAUCCAGAUUGCUCAUUUAUUUUGGAUGCAAAUGAGGGAUACACAGCAAAUCAAGCAAUUGAAGUUCUUGAUAGACUAAAUGAAAUGGGAGUGACCCCUGUGCUCUUUGAGCAACCAGUUCACAGGGAUGAUUGGGACGGUCUCCGAGAUGUUAGCUCUGUGGCCAUGGAGAAAUACAAAGUUGCUGUUGCUGCUGAUGAAAGCUGUCGGAGUUUACUUGAUGCUCAGAAAAUAAUACAAGGGAAUCUUGCCCAUGUUAUUAACAUCAAGCUGGCAAAGUUGGGGAUUCUUGGAGCCCUAGAAAUAAUUGAUGCUGCAAGAAAAGCCAAUAUUUCUCUGAUGAUCGGUGGCAUGGUCGAGACUAGGAUUGCUAUGGGCUUUGCUGGUCAUUUAGCUGCUGGGCUUGGAUGCUUUAGUUUCGUUGACCUGGACACACCUCUUUUACUCUCUGAAGAUCCUGUGUAUGGUGGCUAUGAAGCUUUUGGACCUCUGUACAAGUUUACAAACGCCCGUGGCCAUGGCGGUUUCCUUCACUUGGAUAAUGAUGCCUCGAAAUGAAGAUGGUUAACAAUUUUUUCUGUCCUUCUGGAGCUUCAUCGAAGCAUUGCAGUGCAUAGGUAUAGCCUGCUGUUGCAAGUCCAGUACACCAGUCAGGCCUGGAACCCUGGAGUAUUUGGUCAGCCUGUAGAUAGAUAUUCAGAAGGCUGUCCCCCGCUGAUUCUGUUGUUCUAUCCAGAGUAACUUCUGUGCAAUAAAAUACAUCUGGUUGUAAAUGUCAAUGCAUGCAGCCGUCGCAAGCUUUCUUCUAUAGCUGUUCAGUAUAAAUAAGGCUUUCCUUGAUUAGCUGUUCAGUAUGUAAUCAAGUACUUUGCAUUGUGAUUGCAUAGUUUAUUUGUUCAGUAACUUUUCUUGGGUAAAUACCAAUGUUGGCCCUCACAAUUACGUAC